UUUGAGUACUCCGUGAGGAAAGCCAUGGAGGCAGCAGCACCAAAACCUCCAGCUCAGACCGGCAAGAAGGCGGGGCGACCUCUUGGCUCCAAAGACACAAAGCCGAGGAAGCGGAGGAACAGCAACGCGAGUCUGAGCACCAGCAACGAGCCCAGGGUACCGGAUGCCGCCGACUCGUUUGGUGACGCCAUGAAAGCACAGCCGCAAGCCUCAGGCUCCUCUCCCUCUCCCUCUCCCUCUCCCUCUCCCUCUCCCUCUCCCUCUCCUUCUCCCUCUCCUUCUAUGGAAGUGCCCGAAGCCAACGCUGUCCCAUGCUCUGCCACUGCCGCCCAGACGGGGGCCUCAUCGUACUGGCCAGAGAGACCCUACAGGCCUCCGGUAGUUGACCACGCGUUCUCGCGAGCAGGUGCGGAGCAGUGGAUGCUGGACCCAGACAGGAUCAGCCACUUCCUCUCCCUGCCAGCCGUUGAGCUGCAGCCUUGCGACUGGCUCUCGGAGACCCUGGUUCGGAGCUGAUUCCUUGCUUGCUAUAUGACACUCAGUCCGAUCCUUCAUUAGAAGAUCAGUGUAGAAGGACAGGAUCCCGAUUGCCCAUCGAUGCGAAAGUUGUUGAAGGAAUGAGAUUGUUCGAAAUAAUGACGAAACGUCCUCAUUCCGCUGACUUAGGAUGCAUAGUGUAACAAAAAAAAUCCUAAAUGAAUGAACGAGAGAAUG